AUAGAUUAACGUUUCGUCUACAGUCGACACCUUCAAGGACUAAUUUGACAUCUUAGUCUUAGCCUUUGCUACUCCCUGUUGGCUUAAAUCCGCAUGUUUCAGAGCUUUUCACUUACUUGGCUCAUCGCCCUGGUCAUGUAAAAAUGCCAACUGAAGUUAUUAGUCUAUUGUCCUCAAGCCCGGUUGCCCCAUCCCGACCAAUUCUCGCUACCUCCCCAGAAGUCUCUCCGCGGGUAGGCCAAGCCGGUCCCUCCAGGGCCCUCGAUUAUGGUUCUUAUAAUUUGACCGCGGUGCCGCCUCCAAAAAGACCCAAUGGACAAUCAGACAAAAGAUCUUACGGCCUGGUCACUGGUGCGAAGCGAACUAAUAGCGGGCAUAUACGACAAGAUAACGACUUUUUGUUCCUUUCGGAUGAAUCCGAUACAACUGGGGACCUUGAUGGCAAUGUAGCAAAGAAGGCCCGGGCCUCGACUUCUACGACACGUCUCAAGAAAAGGGAGGAUACUGGUUUAAAGAAGACCAAAUCCGCCACAGGUUCUUCCAAGGUUCGCAAACCGCUUUCACCAGUUGUAUUGAAGCGAUGGAACUCAGUAAUCGACCCAAUUGAACAUAGCAGCUCUCCUGGCAGCUUUACAGCUCGCAAAGUCCAGAAUAAACCAGAUGUUUUGUCAGACCCGUUCGAAAGCCCACCAAAGAAGCAGACAGCUACCAAUGCCAAAUCAUUUUUAUUAGAUCUAUCAAGCGACCCAUUUAGGAGUUCUCCUAGACAAGACGUUAACGAAUUCCAACCAUCGAGGGCCCAAAAAUUACCGGCUGAUGACACAUCCGAUUCCCUUACGAGUAAAAAGGCAUCGAAAGUGCCUAUAUUCAUAGACCUUUCCGAUGGCGAACCUGAAAGCCCCGAGGGAAUUCGCUUGCCUAAAAAGUCGAAGCAAAACGGAGCUUGGGAUCCAAUAUCGAGCUCGAUGCCGGAAUCUAGAGCGCCAAAGCGAGAUAGUCUGAUGGACUCGGAUUCCGACUUGCCGGAAUUAAGCGAAAUCAACUUCUCGAGAUUAAGUAGACGCAAAUAUAGUCUAUCACCUUCUCCGCCUCGUAAAAAGUCUGAACCUACAGCCAAGACUCUAACGGCCAAAAAGACGGCGGGCCCAAAGAAAACGAACGAAGAAAAGGAGCAAGAAAAGAGAGAAAAGGCAGAGGCUCGGGAAGCGGAAAAAGAACGGAUACGGGUUGAAAAGGAGAAUGCAAAACAGCAGCGGGCAAUCGAGAAGGAAAAGGAGAAAGCCUUAGCUGAAGUUAAUAAGCUCAAGACUGACAGGAAGGCAGCCGUACCUGAGAUGAUUGUGGACCUUCCCAGCGCCUUGAGCGUUGGCAUUAAAACUCAGAUAGAGAAGCUACUUGGUAGUAUGGAUGUCCAAUUCGAGUAUUGGCAUAGCCACGCCAGCAACGUCGUGAAAUGGCGGCGAAAAGUGGGCUCCAAGUAUAACGAGGAGCUCGGACACUGGGAGCCGAUUCCAAUGCGCAUCAAGGCGGAAGAGCAUGUCAUGGUCAUCAUCGAAGCCGCCGGUUUCGUUAAGCUCGUUCUCGGCCCCGAAGGCCAAGAUCUCGAAGCUCACGUUCUCAAGAUGAAGACAAGCUUCCCCGAUGGUACAUUGAUCUACUUGAUAGAAGGUCUCACACCUUGGAUGCGCAAAAACAAGAAUAUCCUCAAUCGGAGGUUCACAUCGGCGGUUCGUGCUCUCGACACUAAUAAUGUUGCGGAAUCUACUUCUUCGUCCAGCCAGCCGUCCCGACGCCGGGAUACCACCCAGCAAGAGUACAUCGACGAAGAUAUCAUUGAGGACGCGCUCCUCUCUCUCCAAGUCGUCCACGGGGCUCUGAUCCACCACACGAACGUGCCGGUCGAAACGGCGGAGUGGGUCGCCGUAUUCACGCAGCACAUCAGUACAAUCCCGUACAGGAAGGCGCGGGACGCGGCCACGGACGCCGGAUUCUGCAUGGAGGUCGGGCAAGUGCGGACGGGCGAGGGUGCUAAGGAAACCUACCUCCGCAUGCUACAGGAGGUGACGCGCGUGACGGCGCCCAUCGCAUAUGGCAUCGCCGCCAAGUACGGCACCGUGAGCGAGCUUGUGCGUGGGCUCGAGGAGGACGGCCCUCUUGCGCUCGAAAACUGCCGCAGGUGCGCUAAUAAAGACGGUGCUUUCUCGGAUCGCGCCGUAGGUCCCGCUAUCAGCAAGAGGAUUUACAAGAUCUUUACCAGUCAGGAUCCAGGAAGCAUGGAUGUGUAAAAUAGACACUUAGGUUAGGCACUUUAGAUACCAGGUAUUGUUUAGUACAUAUGUAGGUAUUGGAGGUUUUGGUGUGAAUCCAAUUUUUACAUGUUACAAUGCAGCACGUAUCGUUUAUUUUCAAGAAUCCCGCAUUUAGGUAGCCAUAUGGUGGCCGCAUUACGACGGCCCGCUCCAAUGUAAACUCUCACCAAAUUCGGCCUGAAGGAAGUAUU